GCUAAGCUUCGGGAGUGCCGGUGUGCCGUCCUUUUGGUUAGUUGACUACCGAAACCGAAGCAGAACGGGUGUUCGGUGUUGCGCACGAAAAGCGAUCCAGCAACACAACACAAAACGGGUGCGAAAUCCCGUGUGAGUGUGUUUUUCACGCUAAUCAUCGCGCUCGAUAACAACACUCACGGUUUUGGGUGAAAAAGAGGCUUAGUGAAGUGACUGAAGAUUACCGGCGGAGGUUUGAUUGACGGAACGCCUCCGCGCGGCCGGUUAGUGCGUGUGUGCGUUGUCGCAAAAUUGCGUGCCGACCGGAGGGUUGGAGAUGACAAGCAGUCAGCGCAGUCGGAAGGUAGAAAUGUCAUAGUAAAUCCGCCAAAGGCGGUUACUCAGAUCACUGCAAGUGAUAGAUUCGUCAGUAGAGAAGAAACUAGUUUUCCCUUAUUGUGUUUGGUGAACCGGUUAGAACUGACGGCAACGCGAUCCGAUGGCAAUCAUAACUAAAGCAGUGACGGUGAAGAUUACGAGUCGGUUGGGUUCAUUAUUGGUGUGUUCGCUUGAUUUGUUGUGAGCUGCCGGAGGUAGAUUACCACGCGUUACCAUUAUUAAUGUCUGUUUUUCGGCUAUAAGAUAUAUUGUUGUUUGAAAGCAAAAUAAUCACUUUUACAUCAUCAAAGCUGGCAGUAGAACGAAACUAAUCGAAAGUAAUUUCCCUCUACCAAGUGGCGCGGCCCAGUUUAGCUAGUCUGUGAUCGGUGAAUUUCUUGGAUAAUUAGAACCAAAGUAGCACCCACCAUCCGAGAAGGAGCGAGAAGGAGUGGGCGCAAAAUCACGACCGACAAAAAAGAGGGUCAAAUAACAAAAUAAUCCUGAGCACGAAAAGCAGCUCCGUCAAACGGUCAGUCACUCGGCUCGAAAAGUGGUUCAUUUCCAUCUGAAAACAGAAAAAGGUAUCAGAACGUGAAAUCUCCGGCCCGGGAGGAGGUUAACGGCGGAGUGUGAGGGUGCGCAGCGGGUGCCAAACCUUUAACCACCCACCGUGCGGCAGCUUCCUUGUCAACGGUAGCCGCCGCUCAGUCAGAAUGACGAUGGUCAACAAGGAAAAUAUACAAAUAGGUGAUAAUGUUGGACCAACGGCCAUGGCAGCAGCCGGCCCAGCACUAACACCAACAACAACGGCGGCGGCGACGGCGGUGACGAUUUUCGAGCUGCGAGACGAAAAGUCCCAAAUCGAGAAAUCAGUUCACUCUCAGUCUCAGACGUCGCCGCAGCAGCAAGCGAAGCUGGGAUUACGCGCGUGGUUCCGCAAAUCUAAUACUUGUGGCAGUUUGUACGUGAAGUGCAGUUGCAGCAGCCCCGGCGGGGAAUCGAAGGAGAUAGUUUCCACCGGAAGUCCCGACGGUUCGCAACGCAGUCGUAAUAAUAAUCAUUCGCGCAAUAGGCCCAUUUCCACAUCGGAGAAAGAUUUUCGUAAGAUUAAGGUGUUACACACAUUCGCCCAUCCAGACACGACCACUUUGUUCACAGAGGAAAAUAAGUACGCGAGAAAGUUGGGCGAAUCGCCCACACGUGCUGUGAUCACUUCCGCACAAGCCGGUGAGUUUGAAGUUCUACACUCAACCCAUUGCAAGCGUCUUUCGACGCCGAACAUUGGAGCAGAUUACGCCUUUCAUCCGGAGUUCGUGCUGAAGAAAGUUUCACCCGGCAACAACGGACUCAGCAAAGCGGGUAAAACACCUUCCAUCUCCAUUCCAUUGACACCGCGAGGUUGUCUGAAGAAAGGAUCGAAAAGUUUUCCAGGGCUGUCCCCUUCGGAUAGCAGCGUAGACUCGAUUCUUCGUUCUUUGGCUCACAAUUAUUCUACCUCCUCGAGUGUCGAAGAAGUCAACGAGGAGGACGACGGUCAGAACGCUCAAACCAGCGGAAUCGAAGAUCUCAGCAGUUCGCAGGGUUCCUGUGUGUCGUUUGUUACCGAGCCUGAUUCGGGCCGAAAUAGUUUUAGCAAUUCGAACAUUCGUCAGCUUUCCCUCAAGUAUGCUAGUAUUGGUAGUGGCGAGCAGCAGCCAGCGAUCAUUGACGAGGAUACUCUAGCGGGGAAAAGUGAAACCAAAAUUUGUGAAAGUGAUAUUCAACCUGUUGUGGUACAGAACAAGCAAAGUAUUCCGAUUCCUACUGUUGGUGCAGUUGGUGCUGAUAAGCGUUGUUUCGGUGAUAGUGUGUGUGGCAGUGUAGGUAGCAGUAGAAGCAGCAGUAGUAGCACCGAAAACAGCCCUCGAAGUGACCCCUCGCAGGUGGUACCUUUGAAGUCCAAACACGAUCCUUCGGCGCAUGAGUUCUUUAUCCUGUCCGGUAUCCUAGGACCAAUGGGCCAUGGGUCAUCGCUUAUGCGGAGAACUUCCAAGAUCGUGCCGAAUGUUGACGCACCGGUCAAGGAGAAGAUUCGCAGAAACUCCAAGCUCCUGUACGGGAAACGCACAGUACUCAGCAACGGGCGGCGCAAAUCGAUCCCACCGGCCAGCAACUCGGACAGCUUCCAGUCGUACGGGAGCACACCGACGCUGACCAGUGAAAACCACCCGCCGUCGGCAUCGCCAUCGCUGGAGAAGGAAAUCGCCGGGCUGCGGCAGUUGCUCCGAACCCGCGACGACGAGAUCAGCAAGCUGAAACGUGAGAUCGACAAACUGAAAAGUGUUCUUCAGCAGACAGCAACAAAUAGCUUGAAUCUACAGCAACAUGGCAGCACGACAGCGGCCUCGAGCGAAAAGGUGCUUCCCGUGGUUGAGGGCGAUCUGUUAUCCAGUAUUCAGGCCAACUACGUGAUGGCAGGACAGCAGCUGCCCAUGUCCGAAUUGUACGGCAUUUCCGGCAAGGGAUACAAAUUGAAUCACAUUGAAGGGAGCCAUAAUGGCACUGGCAACAGGACCACGGAUGGGAACUUCAACUACAACGCAAAAGGAGCAAUGCUGAUGGCCAUGAAAAAGCAAGGUGUCUCUGGCGAAAGUUGCGAACUGAUGGGCAGUCAUUCUGAUAUUAAAAUUCCCAAAUACGAAAAGGACUACAGUGCGAAACAGCUUAUUAAGGAAGCCAUUUUAGAGAAUGACUUCUUCAAGAAUAUCGAUUCGUUACAAAUUCGAGAGAUUGUCGAUUCGAUGUACAGUCGGGAGUAUCGCACCGGAGAGUACGUGAUACACGAAGGACACGCCGGAUCGCAUCUGUACGUGUCGGACGCCGGCGAGUUCGAAGUGGUGAAGGACGGCCGGCUGCUCGGGCUGAUGGGCCCUGGUAAAGCCUUUGGGGAGCUCGCCAUUUUGUACAAUUGCACUCGAACGGCUUCGAUAAGAGUGAUUUGUGAUUCCCGGGUGUGGGUACUGGAUCGACGGGUUUUUCAACAGAUAAUGAUGAGAACCGGUAUGCAGCGAAUAGAGGAAAACGUCAGUUUUCUACGUUCGGUGCCACUGCUCAAGAAUCUUAGCAACGAUGUACUUACCAAGAUUGCCGAUGUGCUCGAGGUGGAAUUCUACCCCGCCGGAGCGUACAUCAUCCGUCAGGGAGCCGCGGGCGAUACAUUCUUCCUAAUCAGUCAGGGCACGGUGAAGGUCACGCAGCGUUUGCCGGGGCGCUCCACCGAGGAGGAGAUACGAAUACUCGGCCGGGGGGAGUACUUUGGCGAGAAGGCUCUCAUCAAGGAGGACAAACGGACGGCCAACAUAAUCGCCAUGUCCCCGGGUGUGGAGUGCCUCACGCUGGACAGAGAGUCCUUCACCAAGCAUAUCGGGGAUCUGUGCGAGUUGCACGAGAAGGACUAUGGCGAUGCAGAACGGGUGCUGGCAUUCCGCAAUCUGAAAAACAAUCCGCCCGCGCUGGACGCGAUGAAACCCGAAUUGAUGGACGUGGAGAUGUCGCAUCUGGACGUGGUGGGGACACUCGGAGUGGGUGGCUUUGGGCGAGUGGAACUGGUCAAGUUGGAACGUAACGGAACGGUUCAGGUGUACGCCCUUAAGUGUAUGAAGAAAAAACAUAUCAUCGACACUCGACAGCAGGAGCACGUCUAUAGCGAGCGGAAAAUAAUGCUGGCCUGCCAAAGUCCGUUUAUUUGUCGUUUGUAUCGAACCUACCGGGAUGAUAAGUGUGUCUACAUGCUGCUGGAAGCCUGUCUGGGUGGUGAAGUGUGGACAAUUCUGCGGGAUCGGUCGUACUUCGAUGACGGAACGACAAAGUUUAUCGUGGGCUGUGUGCUGAAAGCGUUCGAGUUUUUGCAUGCCAGAGGCAUUGUCUAUCGCGAUCUGAAGCCGGAGAAUCUUCUGCUCGAUUCGAAGGGAUACGUGAAGUUGGUUGAUUUUGGAUUUGCGAAAUUUAUUGGAUACAGUAGUAAGACGUGGACGUUUUGCGGGACACCGGAAUACGUGGCGCCGGAGAUUGUGUUGAAUAAAGGUCACGACCGUUCGGUGGACUACUGGGCGCUAGGCGUUUUGAUCCAUGAGUUGCUGACAGGAAUCCCACCGUUCGCGUCCGCCGACCCGAUGAAGACGUACAACAUCAUCCUGAAGGGCAUCGACAUGGUCAACUUCCCGAAGCACAUGUCCCGUUCAGCGAUCAGCCUAAUCAAGCGGCUCUGCCGUGACAUUCCCUCGGAGCGGCUGGGCUAUCAGCGGGGUGGAAUUCUGGACAUCAAGAAGCACAAAUGGUUCCAGGGCUUCGACUGGGAGGGCCUAUCUAAUCUGACGUUCAAAUCGCCCCUACAACCGAAGCUGAAAGGACCGCUCGAUUUGUCGAACUUCGAUACUUUCCCGCCCGAUUCGGACGUACCGCCGGAUGAGAACUCCGGAUGGGAUAUUGAUUUCUAGUGCACUCAAGGCAAUAUCAAAUACGAGCUUCUGCGAGGAACAAGUGGCCUUAGCGUUUGUAAUCUUAGAAAUUUAUCUCUUGUUGUUUUUUGCUUAAGAAUACUUUAACGUGGAGUUUGAACAUUGAAGUAGCUUUAUUGUAUGAAGUUUUAUGACAAUGACACUAUGUUAAAAUCAA